AUGCUUGGGAAAAAAUCAAACCGAUCCUCAAAUUUUACCAUAUAUGAAAAGAUUGAUUUGUUGAAACUUGUACAGCCUUACAUUAAAGUGCUGGAGGUUCAUAAGAAUAACCAGGCUGUGAUAGUUGAAAAGAAUCGUUGCUGGGAAAGCAUAGCUCACCAAUACAAUGCUGUUGGAGUGGGUCGCCCAUCUCGCAGUGCACAGGCUUUGCGAACGUUAUAUAAACGGAUUAAAGAAAGCGCCAAACAAGAGCUAGCCAGAAGAGAACAGCUGCAUCCAGAAUAUAAAGGAAACGUCUCUGAGCCAACCAGAAGAAUUCUAGAAAUGAUACCACACAUAUUACAACCCUUUUUGAAGGUGGUAGAUGGUGACGACUUACAAAGGCUUGGUGGAAAUUCUGCAUCUGAACAAGGUUCUUGUGUGGAACAGCCUGCCAGCUUGCAUCCUCAGUCUGGAACCUCUGAUCAUCCAUCCCACUCCUGUUCUGAUUGGAUUACACCAGAGUCAGAACCUGAACCUGAAGAAAAGCCUCCUCCAGUAUUAACCCUUCCAUCACAACCAAAUGAAAGUGCUGAGCACCAGAAGAGGAAGGAGACUCAGGAGGCCACAAAUGGCUCUGCUACACCGUUUUCCUCCUGUGAGGAACGAGUAUCUCUAACACCAUCUCCUCGACCUGCAAGAAGAGAAGAUUAUUUGGUCAGAUAUCAACACCGUCACCAAGGUUCUUCACAUCGCAUGACCGGACAUGAGGAUGGAGAACCACAGUGGAUGUCAGCAGAGGAGCAUGAGAUAAUUAUGGAAAAUCAAAGGAAGUUUGGACUAUACCUCGAUGAAAAAAGGGAAAGCCUUAAAAGAAAACAAGCAUUAGAGGAAGACUUGUUAAGGGCAAAAAUCAAGGUGGAAGAAUUAAAGGCAGAAAGAUUGCAACAAGGAUUGCCAGUUUCCCAAGAUAAAUGAUGUUGUGAAUACGUACAGUAUUUCCCUCAGCCAAAGUGGGUUUUCAUAACAGUAACUUCUUUACUAAAUUUUAGAUGAACUAAAGUUCAAUUUAAUUAUCCUUAAACCUUACAUGAAUACAGCCGAACGAAACAGCAUUCCUCUGGGGCCAAAGUCAAGAUACAGUACCAGCAGCAUAUAGCACAUAUAGUUAUGAUAGCAGAAAACAUAUAGUCACACAAAAAAUGUAUAGCCCAAGUCCCUGAGUGGCAUGGUCUGUAGAUUAAUGAUGUAGGGGAUGUUAUCCUUUCCCAGCCCGUUUUUCCACUGAGCAAACACUAGAGGCCAGCACUGAGCAUAUGCCAACAAGAGGGUCCAGCUGCCAACCUAGUAUGGAUUCCAGCGUGCUCACAGAGGCUUCUGCUCUCUCCCUCCCUAUCUUGGCAGCUGUAACAGGUGACACCAUGUGUGAGGGCCUGGUCCGCUCAACCACCAAGGCAACACAAGCUUCAGUCUUGCUAUUGAGCCAGUGAACCAGACUUGCAGUAUUCUACAUUAAUAAACUAAUUGUCUGAUAAUGGAGCCUAUUUAACAUUCGAUUUAAAAAAAAAAUUAAAGUCAAUGCAGAGUGUAUGAUUGAUGCUCUGUAAACUUCCUUGCACGUUCAUCCCUCCAAAAUCGAUGCAAAAUGCACUAAAGUUAUUUACCUAGGUUCCUCUGACAGGACCUACCAAAGCAAGAACUGAUGUAUUUGUCAGCUCCCCUUCAAGCCAGUGCAGUCCUUGGUCUAAAUCCUGCAACUCUCUUCUCAGCAGCAGUAUAGGAAUACUAUCAUUGCCGAUAAUAAAAUAAUUAAGACAACUAGGCCCAGGACACAUGCACUCUUCGGACUCGAUCAUACUUUAUUUACUUGUGCACAAGAAGAACCCAUGGCCCUUGUCUCCCGCACUGCUGUGAAGCCAGGACAGAAAACCUGCUAUUUUUAUACAGAACUGGCUUAUGAGUUAUGGAUAUUGAUCAUUUGGUAAAUUGUACAUGUCUGAAUUCCUUACUUGCAAGAUCAAUCACCUUUCACAACAGAGAUGUUACAAGUCAAUAAAAACUACAA